CUCUCACUCUCUCCGGCUGCCUCACACUGUCGCCUGCGCUCUCUCUCUCUCGUGUGAACGCCUAGCGUCUGAAUGCGAGCAGUGAAGAAGGGUUUGGUCCCGCUCUGCACAUCCAUUUCACUUGUCAUCCCUGAACCGCGGGGAGGGCUGAGUCGGACUUCAGUCACACAAGUGCAGGCAGCGGCCCCUUCGCCCAGCCAUGAACGAACUGAUGCUGCUCGCUCUUGUCAUGUUGGGAUUGGGGGAUGUAUUCUCACACGCUGAAAGGCAGAGAAGCGCCGACACAGAGAAAGAGCCCGUUCUGUGUGAUGUUGGAGAGUUUCUGUGUGAUGAUCGUCUGACCUGUGUCGCUGAGAGCUGGCUCUGUGAUGGAGAGCCUGACUGUCCAGAUGGCUCUGAUGAAACCCACAGUAGAUGUGCUGCAGAAGUGAUAGUUAGAUGUCCUCUCAAUCACAUACAGUGCACUGGAACAAGAAAGUGCAUUCACUUCAACAAGCUCUGUAACGGAGCCAAGGACUGUGAGGAUGGCUUUGAUGAAGGAGUUCACUGUAGAGAGCUCCUGUCAGCCUGUCACGAGUUGCACUGCCGCUAUGGCUGCAUCAUGACCAGGAAUGGCACCUUCUGCUUCUGCGCAGACGGCUUUGAGGUGGGCGAGGACGGGCGCAGCUGCAGAGAUUAUGAUGAAUGCGCGGCGUAUGGGACAUGCAGCCAGACCUGCAUGAACACCUAUGGCUCAUAUCGCUGUGGCUGCACAGAUGGGUACAGCCUGCAGUCCAACCGGCACUCCUGCAAAGCUAAACAGGAGCCUGGUGAGAGCCCUGCAGCUCUGCUGAUUGGAAGCUUGGAUAAUAUUGUAAUCACAGCUCUAAAUGGAUCCAGUGUGCAGACUCUGAAACUCCUGGACUCAAAUGGGACGCACGCCUUGGACUUCUACCACAAUGAGGAUUCAGCAUGCUGGGUCACAUCCUCCGAGUCCACUGGACAGCUCUGGUGUGCCAAGAUGAGGAAACCAAGCAGCUUUUCCAAAGAGCGAGAAAUAAAGACAGUGCAGAGUCUUCACAAUGUUGAGCAAAUGGCAAUAGACUGGCUCACUGGAAACUUCUACUUUGCGGACCGAGUGAGCGCUAGGAUAUUCGUUUGCAGCCGGAAUGGAGACACUUGCGUCACCAUAAUAGAUCUGGACCUGUCGAAUCCUAAAGGAAUAGCUGUGGAUCCUCUCAUGGGGAUGCUCUUCUUUACCGACUAUGGAAAUGUGGCCAAACUGGAGCGCUGCAACAUGGAUGGCACAAACCGAACCCGGCUUGUGGAUUAUAAGAUUGAGCAGCCAGCCACAGUGGCACUGGACCUGGUGAAGAAGCUGGUUUACUGGGCAGAUGCAUAUCUGGAUUACAUUGAGGUUGUGGAUUACAAUGGCAAGAACAGACACACCAUCAUCCAAGGGACUCAAGUGGCCUACCUGCAUGGAUUAGCUGUCUUCGAGGACUACUUGUAUGCAACUCGCUCGGAAUCCCUCGGUGACGCUGCGGUGGAUGUAUUACGGAUAAAUCGGUUUAAUGUCACAGACCCGGAGAUGCUAACCAGCAUGGGGAAUUCCAGGGCAAUACGUGUUUACCACAAACUCACUCAACCAAAAGUCAGGGGCCAUGCAUGUGAGGUUAACUCCUACGGCAAAGCAGGGGGAUGCGCCCACCUCUGCCUGCUCAGUGGAAGCUACAAAUCCAGGAGCUGCCGCUGUCGUACAGGCUUCAGUCUUGGAAAUGAUGGACAGUCCUGCAAAAAGCCCAAGAAUGACCUCUUCCUCUUCUACGGAAAGGGUCGUCCUGGAAUAAUCCGUGGCCUGGAUAUAAAUGUGAAAUCCAGCAAUGAACAUAUGGUCCCAGUUGAGGACUUGGUGAAUCCACGGGCACUGGACUACCAUGCUGAAACUGGAUAUAUUUACUUUGCGGACACCACAAGUUUCUUGAUAGGACGUCAGAAGACCGAUGGAAGCAGCCGGGAAACAAUUCUUAAAGACGACCUUGACAAUGUAGAAGGGAUUUCAGUGGACUGGAUUGGAAAUAACUUGUACUGGACAAAUGAUGGCUACAGGAAGACUAUCAGUGUGGCCAGGCUGGAGAGGGCAGCUGACACACGGAGGACUCUUUUAGAAGGAGAUAUGUCUCAUCCCAGGGCCAUAGUGGUGGAUCCACUCAACAGCUGGAUGUACUGGACUGACUGGGAGGAGGAUGAGGUAAACGACAGCAUUGGCAGGAUAGAGAAAGCCUGGAUGGACGGCUCUAAUCGCAAGAUAUUUGUCACCUCUAACAUGCUAUGGCCCAACGGGCUUACCCUGGACCAUGGCACCAACACAAUGUAUUGGUGUGAUGCUUACUAUGACCACAUCGAGAGAAUCUACCUCAAUGGCUCUGGCAGAAUGGUGGUGUACAAUGGCAAGGAGCUGAAUCACCCAUUCGGGAUUUCACACUACCGAAAUUCCAUCUUCUGGACUGAGUACAUGAACGCCUCCAUCUUCCAGCUGGAUCUGCUGUCGGGGGAGGUCACUCUGCUGAGGAGCGAGAGACCCCCUCUCUUCGGGCUUAGAGUGUUUGAUGCGCAGAGUCAGCAAGGUGACAAUGCCUGCAGGGUGAAUUAUGGAGGCUGUGGUACUCUCUGUUUGGCCAUCCCAGGGGGCCGUGUGUGCGCUUGUGCUGACAACCAGCACCUGGACAAAAACAAUGUCACCUGUUCAGCCUCGGCAGGUGAGGAGGAGCCGCGGCGCUGCGGGAGUGAGGAUUUUCAGUGCAGGAACCAGAGGUGUGUGAGAGCAGCCUGGAUAUGCGAUGGAGACGAUGACUGCCUAGAUGGCAGUGAUGAGGAGCACCUCAUCUGUGCUAACCACAGCUGUCCCCUGGACCAGUUUAAGUGUUUGAAUAAUCGCUGCAUUCCAAAGCGGUGGCUCUGCGAUGGGACGAACGACUGUGGUGACAAUGAGGAUGAGUCCAACAAAACCUGCUCAGCUCAACAGUGCCAGCCUGGUCAGUUCUCUUGUGGAAGUGGCCGCUGUAUACCUGAAGCCUGGCGCUGUGACCGCGACAACGACUGUGGUGACAUGUCAGACGAGUCUGCUUCCUGUGCCUUCCCCACGUGUGAGCCGCUUACCCAGUUUAGCUGUGCGAAUGGAAGAUGCAUCAACAUGAAGUGGCACUGUGACUCAGAUGAUGACUGUGGGGAUGGCAGUGACGAGGCUGGCUGUGCCCAUGCAUGCUUGAGCGGUCAGUUCCAAUGCUCCACAGGCAGGUGUAUCCCCUACCACUGGGCCUGCGAUGGAGACAACGACUGUGGCGACUUCAGCGAUGAGAACGUGACCUGUGCGGGCGCUGCUGCCGGCUUGCCUCCUGUGGAAUGCAGUGGUGAGGAGUUCCACUGCCGUGCCGAUGGCACAUGCAUCCCUGAGCGCUGGCGCUGUGAUGGCGACAAAGAUUGCGAGGAUGGCAGUGAUGAAAGCAAUUGUGAGGGCAUCAAAAGGAUGUGUGACCCGCAAGCCAAGUUCACCUGCAAAGACUCAGGGAAGUGCAUCAGUAAAAGCUGGGUUUGUGAUGGUGACAAUGACUGCGAGGAUCGCUCAGAUGAGGAAUCGUGCAAGUUGUCUGUCUGCAGCCCCCCCACGCAGCCCUGCGCCAAUGACACCUCCAUCUGCCUGCCCCCCCACAAGAUCUGCGAUGGGAGGAGAGACUGUGCCGACCAGUCAGACGAAGGCCCUUUUUGUGACAAGUGCUUGCAGGGUAAUGGAGGCUGCAGUCAUCAGUGUACAGUGGUUCCCAGCAAAGGCGCAGUUUGCUCCUGCCCUGCUGGACUCCACUUGGGCUCAGACAACAAGACCUGUGAGGUGGUGGACUACUGCACCAGACACCUCAAGUGCAGUCAGACAUGCGAGCAGUACAAGACCACCGUGAAAUGCUCCUGUUACCCCGGCUGGAGACUGGGUCUAGAUGGGGAGAGCUGCAUUAGCACAGAUCCCUUUGAAGCCUUCAUUAUCUUUUCCAUCCGGCAUGAGAUCAGAAGGAUAGACCUUCACAAGCGUGACUACAGUCUGCUCGUGCCUGGGCUGAGGAACACCAUUGCUCUAGACUUCCACUUUAACCACAGCCUGCUCUACUGGACCGAUGUGGUGGAGGACAAGAUAUACAGAGGGAAGCUUUCAGACACUGGAGGUGUCACUGGGAUUGAGGUGGUGGUCCAACAUGGUUUGGCCACUCCAGAGGGACUGGCAGUGGAUUGGAUUGCAGGAAACCUUUACUGGAUUGACAGCAACCUGGACCAGAUUGAGGUGGCUAAGCUGAAUGGAGAAAUGAGGACCACCCUGAUUGCAGGCGGAAUGGAGCACCCUCGCGCCCUGGCCCUGGACCCAGGCCAAGGAAUUCUUUUCUGGACAGAUUGGGAUGCCAGUUUUCCAAGGAUUGAGGCAGCAUCGAUGAGUGGAGGUGGAAGACAUGUAGUCUUUAAGGACAUGGAGAUAGGAGCCUGGCCAAAUGGACUCACGCUGGACCAUCUGGAGAGGCGCAUAAUAUGGACAGAUGCUCGCUCGGACGCUAUCUACUCAGCCCUGUAUGAUGGCUCAGGAGUCAUUGAGAUCCUAAGAGGCCAUGAGUACCUCUCGCAUCCUUUCGCCGUCUCUCUCUUCGGAGGAAGUGUGUACUGGACUGACUGGAGGACCAAUACACUGGCUAGGGCCAAUAAAUGGACAGGACGUAACGUAACCGUCAUCCAGAAGACAAGUGCUCAGCCUUUUGGCCUGCAGAUUUACCAUCCCAGCAGGCAGCCUCAGGCUUCAAACCCAUGUGAGGGGAACGGAGGGAGAGGUCCCUGCUCACAUCUGUGCCUCAUCGAUUAUAAUCGCACCGCAUCUUGUGCUUGUCCCCACCUCAUGAAGAUCUCCCCCAGCAACCGCUCCUGUGUGGCAUUGAAGAGAUUUUUGCUGUACGUGAGGCGGUCAGAGAUACGAGGUGUGGAUAUUGAUAACCCCUACAUGAACAUCAUGACCGCUUUGACUGUCCCCGACAUUGAUGAUGUCACAGUGGUGGAUUAUGAUGCUCUGGAGGAACGGAUUUACUGGGCAGAUGUGAAGACUCAAACAAUAAAGAGGGCUUUCAUUAACGGAACAACCCUUGAGACAGUUAUUUCCGGAGAUAUUCAGAAUUGCCGUGGUCUCACAUUAGACUGGCUCUCGAGGAAUAUGUACUGGCUGAGUUCCGAGAAUGAAGAGACGCAGAUCAAUGUUGCUCGACUAGAUGGAUCCCUUAAAACCUCAGUCAUCCAUGGGAUUGAUAAGCCAAAGUGUCUGGCAGUACAUCCAGCCAAAGGAAAGAUAUACUGGACAGAUGGGAACACGAUAAAUGUAGCCAACAUGGAUGGAAGCAACAGGAAGGUUCUUCACCAAAAUCAAAGGGAACCUGUGGGUCUCUCAGUAGACUUUCCUGCAAGCAAGCUGUACUGGAUCAGCUCAGCUAAUGGCACCAUCAACAGGUGUAAUCUGGAUGGCAGUGGCUUUGAGGUGAUUGAGACCAUGAAGAGGGACUUAACCAAAGCCACAGCUCUGGCAGUCAUGGGUGGGAAGCUGUGGUGGGCUGACGAUGAUCUGGCCCAGUUGGGUACAGUCGCCAAGCGAGAUGGCCGCAACCCUAUGGUACUACGCAAUAAGACCAGUGGGGUAGUGCACAUGAAGGUGUAUGACAGAGAUGGACAGAAAGGGAGAAAUGCCUGCCAGUUAAACAAUGGCGGCUGUUCCCAGCUCUGUCUGCCUACGUCUGAGAAUACCCGCAGCUGUGCGUGCACCGUGGGCUACAACCUGCGCACUGACCGCCUCUCCUGUGAAGGCCUGAGCUCCUUUCUGAUGUACUCUGUCCAUGAGGGGGUGCGUGGAAUCUCUCUGGACCCCACUGACCACACAGAGACCCUGAUGCCCAUCAGUGGCACCCUUUUUGCUGUAGGAGUAGACUUUCAUGCAGGCAAUGACACAGUCUACUGGACAGACAUGGGCCUGAACCGCAUCUCCAGAGCCAAGAGGGACCAGACAUGGAGAGAACACAUUAUUACCACUGGCAUCAGCAGAGUGGAAGGCAUUGCUGUGGACUGGAUUGCUGGAAAUCUUUACUGGACAGACCACGGUCUCAAUCUCAUUGAAAUUGCCCGUCUGAAUGGCAUGUACCGGUCAGUUGUGAUCUCGGAGGGGCUGGACCAGCCUAGAGCUAUCGCUGUGCAUCCACAGAGAGGCUACUUAUUCUGGACUGAGUGGGGAAAGAGCCCUUGCAUAGGCCGAGCACGGCUGGACGGCUCAGAUCAAGUCACGCUUGUUAGUUCUGGUAUCGCCUGGCCCAACGGGAUCUCCAUUGACUAUGAGGAAAAUAGAUUAUAUUGGUGUGACGCCCGAACCGACAAGAUAGAGAGGAUCAACCUUGAGACUGGGGAGAGCCGGGAGAUUGUACUGUCAGCCGCCAACGUGGACCUGUUCUCCGUGGCUGUGUUCGGGGCUUACAUCUACUGGUCUGACAGAGCUCAUGCCAAUGGUUCCAUCCGCCGCGGGCUCAAAAAUGAUGCCACUGAGGCUGUGACGAUGAGGAGUGGUUUGGGAGUGAACCUGAAGGACGUGAAAGUCUUUAAUAGAGGCCGGGAGAAAGGCACAAACCCAUGUGCUAGGAGUAAUGGCGGGUGUCAGCAGCUCUGUUUUCACCUGGGCAGCGGAAGAAGGACUUGCUCAUGUGCUCAUGGCUACCUAGCGGAGGACGGAUUUGCCUGCCAGAGAUACGAGGGCUACUUGCUUUACUCUGAGAGAACCAUCCUGAAAAGCAUCCACCUCUCAGAUGAGAGUGACCUCAACUCUCCCCUCCAGCCCUUUGAGAACCCUGACUUCUUCAAGAAUGUCAUUGCGCUUGCCUUUGACUACAGGCAGAACAUCGCAGACCACAACCGCAUUUUCUUCAGCGACAUCCAUUAUGGGAAUAUACAAAUGAUUAAUGAUGACUGGACUGAACGGCAGAUCAUAGUUGACAAUGUGGGUUCUGUGGAGGGUCUGGCUUACCACCGUGCCUGGGACACACUGUACUGGACCAGCUCCACCACAUCCAGCAUCAGCAGACACACAGUGGACCAGAGCAGACAUGGCGCCUUCAACAGGCAGGCUGUAGUGACCAUGUCUGAAGAUGACCAUCCACAUGUCCUUGCCCUGGAUGAGUGUCAAAGCCUAAUGUUCUGGACUAACUGGAAUGAGCAGCGGCCGAGCAUCAUGCGUUCCACACUGGCUGGGAACAAUAUCAAAGUUGUCAUUAGCACAGAUGUGUUCACUCCUAAUGGACUCACUAUUGACCACAAAGCCGAGAAGCUCUACUUCUCUGAUGGGAGCCUGGGCAAAAUUGAACGAUGUGAAUAUGAUGGUUCCAACAGGCAUGUUAUUGUAAGAUCAGGCCCAGGGACAUUUUUCGGCCUGGCUAUUCACGGAAACUACAUCUUCUGGUCUGACUGGGCACGGCGGGCUGUACUCCGAGCCAACAAGUUUACAGGUGGAGACACAAAAGUGCUGCGAGCUGACAUACCCCACCAGCCUAUGGGCAUCAUCGCAGUAGCCAAGGACACAAAUAACUGUGAGUUGUCCCUGUGCAGGUUGCUGAACGGUGGCUGUGGUGACCUCUGCCUCCUGACUCCAGAGGGCAUGGUCAACUGCAGCUGCCGCGGAGAACGGGUCCUGCUGGACGACAGCAGAUGUGUUUCUGAGAAUUCAUCCUGCAGCAUUCACACUGAGUUUGAGUGUGGAAAUGGGGAGUGCAUCGACUACCAGCUGACUUGCGAUGGGAUCGCUCACUGCAAAGACAAGUCAGAUGAGAAAAUGCAAUACUGUGACAACAGGAGCUGCAGAAGGGGCUAUAGACCUUGCUACAACAGGCGUUGUGUGGCCAAUAAUCGAUUUUGUGAUGGAAUCGAUGACUGUGGAGACAACUCGGAUGAAUCUUAUUGUAAUAAUGUCACAUGUGCUGCCUCUGAGUCAUCGUGCCAAGAUGGAACUUGCAUACCAAUAUCCUCUUGGUGCAACCAGGUCAUCGACUGUGCUGAUGCCUCUGAUGAAAAGAACUGCAGUAGUACUGACUGCUCUGACUUUUACAAAAUGGGAGUAGCAGAAAAAGGUUUCAUCAGUUGCAACUCCACAUCACUGUGUGUUCAUCCAUCCUGGGUCUGCGAUGGAGCCAACGACUGUGGGGAUUAUGCGGAUGAGAUGAACUGUCAGGUCUCCCAUGGGCACAGGUGUGAGGAGGGCCACUUCGCCUGCCCCAGUGGGAACUGCAUCUCCAGUGUGUGGCUCUGUGAUGGACAGAAGGACUGUGAAGAUGGCGCAGAUGAGUUCCAGUGUGAUUCCUCCUGUUUGUGGAACCAGUUUGCCUGUUCCAAGAAUAAGUGCAUAGCCAAACAGUGGCUGUGUGAUGGAGAGGACGACUGCGGGGACGCUGUGGAUGAGAGCGAGGAUCUUUGCGGCUCUGUGACCUGCGGCCCCGGAUUGUUCAGCUGUCCAGGGUCGUAUGCAUGUGUGCCCAAACGCUGGCUGUGUGACGGGGAGAGAGACUGCCCUGAUGGCAGUGAUGAACUUGCAGCCGCUGGAUGUGCACCUAAUAACACAUGUGACGAGAAUGCCUUCAGAUGCCAUAACAAAGCCUGCAUCCCCAAACUUUUCGUGUGUGACCAUGACAACGACUGUGGGGAUGGAUCGGAUGAGUCGGUUGAAUGUGUGUACCGCUCAUGUGGACCGGAUGAGUUCCGCUGUGCCGAUGGUCGCUGCCUGCUCAGCGCCCAGUGGGAGUGCGACGGUUAUCCAGACUGCCCGGACCACUCGGACGAACUCCCCCGAAACCUCAAAUGCCUGGCUGCCGAGAGCCUGUGCAAUGGCUCCUUUUUCAUGUGCACCAAUGGUCGCUGUAUAUCUGAGACGAGUCUCUGUGACCUGAAAGAUGACUGUGGAGACGGCUCGGAUGAGAAAAACUGCAACGUUAAUGAGUGUCUGAAUCGACGUGUCAGUGGCUGUUCACAAGACUGCCAGGACUUAGUAGUGGGAUACAAGUGUAAGUGCUGGCCAGGAUUCCGCCUGAAGAAUGAUGGGAAAAGAUGUGUUGACAUUGAUGAAUGCUCCUCGAGCCUCCCCUGCAGUCAAACCUGUAUCAAUACUUAUGGCUCUUACAAGUGCUUGUGUGUGGAUGGAUACGAAACCUCCAAACACGACCCCAAUAGCUGCAGGUCUCUCUCAGCUGAAGAACCAUUUCUUAUACUUGCUGAUCAUCAUGAAAUUAGAAAACUAAGUGUUGAUGGGUCUAAUUACACUCUACUGAAACAGGGUCUGAACAACAUCAUCAGCUUAGAUUUUGACUACAGGAAGGAGUUCAUCUAUUGGGUUGACUCCAGCAGACCCAGCGGGCGAAGGAUCAACAGAAUUCGGCUAAAUGGCAGUGAUCUUAAGGUCGUUCACAGAACAGCUGUACCCAGUGCGCUGGCUGUCGACUGGAUCGGGAAGAACUUGUACUGGUGCGAUAUAGAGAGAAAGACCUUGGAAGUGUCCAAAUCUAACGGCCUCUAUCCCACUGUCUUAUUGAGCUCUGGCCUCAAGAACCCCACGGAUCUGGCUCUGGAUGCCCAAUUAGGCUAUGUGUUCUGGAUUGACUGCUGUGAAUACCCCCACGUGGGCCGUGUUGGAAUGGAUGGCCAGGGCUAUACGGUCAUUGUUGACAAGGAAAUCUACAGCCCCUCUGCCCUCACUAUUGACUAUACCAACAAGAGGAUCUACUGGGCUGAUGACAGUCACAUCCUCUUUGCUAAUAUGGAUGGCUCUCAAAGGCACAGAGUUCCUCACGAUCAUAUCCAGGGUGUGAUGGGUCUGACCUUGUUCGAGGACUUCAUCUAUUGGACAGAUGGCAAAUCGAAGUCUCUCCGCUGUGCUCACAAAACCUCUGGUGCCCAUGCUGUUGAGCUUCUCAAUUCCUGGCAGGCCAUUAAAUCCAUAACGGUUUAUCACCCUUUGCGCCAGCCUGAGGUCCCUAAACACCAGUGUCAGGUGGCUAAUGGUGGCUGCAGUCACUUGUGCCUUUUAUCCCCUGGUGGAGGUCACAAGUGUGCCUGUCCGACAAACUUCUACUUGGCCGCUGAUAACAAAACCUGCCUGUCCAACUGCACCUCAAGCCAGUUUCGCUGUGGCACUGAUGAAUGCAUCCCAUUCUGGUGGAAGUGCGAUACCGUGGAUGACUGUGGGGAUGGAUCUGAUGAGCCUGCAGACUGCCCGGAAUUCAAAUGUCAGCCAGGACGCUUUCAGUGUGGCACAGGUCUGUGUGCCCUCCCUCCCUUCAUCUGCGAUGGAGAGAAUGACUGUGGGGACAACUCGGAUGAGACCAACUGCGAUACAUAUAUCUGUCUGCCGGGUCAGUUCAAGUGCACCAGGAAGCAGAAGUGCAUCCCAAUAAAUCAGCGCUGCAACGGACAGGACGAAUGCGGGGACGGCGAGGAUGAAACAGACUGUCCUGAGAGCACAUGUUCACCAGACCAGUUCCAGUGUAAGGCCACCAUGCACUGCAUCUCCAAGCUGUGGGUGUGUGACGAGGACCCAGACUGCGCUGACGGCUCUGAUGAGGCGAACUGUGAUGAAAAGACCUGCGGACCUCAUGAAUUUCGCUGCGAGAAUAACAACUGCAUCCCGGAUCACUGGAGAUGCGACAGCCAGAACGACUGCGGAGACAACUCCGACGAGGAGAACUGCAAGCCAGUGACCUGUAAUCAUAAGGACUUUGCCUGUGCCAGUGGGGACUGCAUUUCUGCACGUUUCCGCUGCGACGGUGACUACGACUGCGUCGAUAAUUCAGACGAGAAAGACUGUGAGGCCCGCUGUGCAGAGGACCAGUUCCAGUGUCAUAACAACCUCUGUAUCUCAGUAAAGUGGCUGUGUGAUGGCCAAGAAGACUGCAAGACUGGAGAGGACGAAAGGAACUGCCUCGGAACUGUGCUCCCAUCCUGUUCUGUAAACGAGUAUGUGUGUGCCAGCGGAGGCUGUGUAUCGGCUAGCCUGAGGUGUGAUGGACAUGACAACUGUCUGGACAGCUCUGAUGAGAUGGACUGUGUGAAAGAGUGCCGAGAGGACGAGUUCCUCUGCAGGAACCAUGCCCACUGCAUCCCAAAACGAUGGCGCUGCGAUGAUGUGUUUGACUGCAUGGACCACAGUGACGAGGAGAACUGUGACCACGGAGCUUUUUUCUGUCGUCCUGAUGAGUUCAUUUGCAACAAUACCCUGUGCAAGCUGCAUUCCUGUGUGUGUGAUGGCGAGGAUGACUGUGGAGACAACUCUGAUGAAGAUGCAGAUAUGUGUGCUAAGCUGCCUUGCCCUCCUACAAGGCCACAUCGCUGCAGAAAUGACAGAGUGUGUCUCCGGCUCGAUCAAAUCUGUAACAGUGUGGACGACUGCGGUGACAACUCGGAUGAGGAAGAAUGUGAGGCUGUGUCUGCCAGGCCAAAACCGUGUGGGAAGAGCGAGUUUACCUGCAGUAACAAGCGCUGCAUACCCGCUCAUCUGCAGUGUGACUUGUUUGAUGAUUGUGGGGACGGAGGAUCAGAUGAGCACGAGUGCAAGGCCUCUUCAAAUGGAGACAUAUGUGGAAAGAGGAUGAAUCCAUGCGGAGAGGAUGCAAUGUGCAAUCAGACAAAUACCAAUGUAAUUUGUCACUGCAAAGCUGGAUUUCAGAGGAAUCUCAAGACUAAACAGUGUGAAGAAAUAAAUGAGUGUCUUUAUUUUGGCACGUGCUCUCACUAUUGCACGAAUGUUAAAGGCUCAUACAAAUGUACAUGUGACAAAAAUUACAAGGAUGUAAAUGGCAACUGUGUAGCUAAAGGACCAGAAGAUCGAGUGCUCUACAUAGCUAAUGACACUGAAAUCCGAAGUUUUGUGUAUCCAUUUAACCAGAGCCAUGGACACAAAGUACUCACUCGCAUCGAGGAAAAUGCCCGCAUCAUCGGGAUGGAUGCUCUAUUGCACCAACAAAAGUUUAUCUGGGCUACCCAGUUUAAUCCGGGUGGACUUUUUUACAAAGAAAUCCUAGACAGGAGUCAAACUAAAACAAAUGUUGGAAUCAUAUGCCCAGACUUCCGUAGGCCUAGAGAUGUGGCUGCUGAUUGGGUCACUGGAAAUAUCUACUGGACAGACCACUCUAGAAUGCACUGGUUUAGCUAUUACACAGCCCACUGGACCAAACUGAGAUACUCUAUAAAUGUGGGCCAGCUCAAGGGACCCAACUGCACUCGUCUGAUAACUGACAUUGCAGGAGAGCCGUAUGCAAUUGCCAUCAAUCCAGUUAAAGGGAUGAUGUACUGGUCGGUUAUUAGCGACCACUCACAUAUCGAGGAGUCAGCAAUGGAUGGCUCUAUGCGCAGAGUGUUGUUGGAUAAGAAGCUCAGGAGACCCACAGGCCUUGCCAUUGAUUACUUCAGCCAGCGUUUGUACUGGGCUGAUGCAGAGCUCUCGGUCAUAGGAAGUCUACGUUUCGAUGGCUCAGACCCGCUGGUGGUUAUCAGUGGCAAACAGGGGAUAUCACAGCCAUACAGGAUAGACAUUUUUGAGGACUUGAUUUAUGGAACUGGUCUGAAACAUGAGGUAUUCAGAGUACAUAAGUAUGGCAAACAUGCUGCUGAGCUUCUGAUUAUGGGCACAGAAAAGGCUACAAAUAUCAUGAUCUCGCAUCGCUUCAAGCAGCAAGAAGUGGCCAAUCCAUGUCUGAAGAUAACCUGUGACUUUAUGUGCCUGCUGAACCCAACCGGAGCCAGCUGCACUUGUCCUGAAGGAAAAACCUUGGUUAAUGGCUCCUGUAUUGAUCCCAACAUAUCAGGUGAACUGUGCCGGCCUGCCUGUGAGAACGGAGGCCGCUGCGUGGCCAACGAGAAAGGUGACUGGCGCUGUUAUUGCUGGCCCGAUUUCUCUGGAGAGCGCUGUGAAGUCAACCACUGCACAGACUACUGCUUAAAUGGAGGCACAUGUACAGGGUCUCCGCUAGGGAGACCGACCUGUCGCUGUGCUGUCGGGUUCACUGGCCCUAACUGUGAGCGGCGGGUGUGUGAUAAUUACUGUCUGAAUGGAGGGACAUGUGAUGUCAGCCAGGGGAACCAGCCAGUGUGUCGAUGCUUAGCAGAGUACACGGGCGACCGCUGCCUGUACCACAUCUGUCACCAUUACUGUGUAAACUCCAAGGCCUGCACGCUCUCUAGCUCUGGCCAUGUGGAGUGUGUGUGUCCAGCUCGAUAUGAGGGGAUCAAAUGUGAUGUUGAUAAGUGCCUACGGUGCCAUGGAGCUCCAUGUAUUAUUGAUGGAGAGACAGGAGAUGUGGCCUGCAACUGCACCAGCGGUAGAAUAGCAUCCAGCUGCCAGCUGUGUGAUGGCUACUGCUACAACGGCGGCACCUGUCAUCUAGACCCAGACACCAACCUGCCCUUCUGCCACUGCACAGCUGGGUUCAAGAACCAGCGCUGUGAUGAGCUGGCCAACCCCUGUGAUUACUACUGUCAGAAUGAAGGGAUAUGCACAAUAACCUCCCUUAACAAACCCCGCUGCAAGUGCUCAGCCAAUUGGUCAGGGACGCAGUGCGAGAGGCCCGCCCCGAAGAGCAGCCGCUCAGACAACACUGCUGGAGGGAGCAUAGCCAUCAUUGUGCCACUAGUCCUGCUGGUUAUUUUGAUAACAACAGUGGUGGCUGGAGUCUUCAUCUGCAGAAGACGACAGAGGGGGAAGCGAGUACAACGGCAACCCAUGACCAACGGAGGCAUUAAUGUGGAGAUAGGCAACCCAUCCUACAACAUGUACGAGGUGGACCAUGACAACCAUGCAGAUGCUGGAAGCCUCCUCAAACCAAAUUUCACACUGGAUCCACAUAAGGGGUGGUGUGUAAAAUCCAGUGACCCUCGUACUCUGAACAUACACUCUGUCCCUAAAGAAGUUAUACCUGGACAGCCUAUGAACUACUCCAACCCAAUGUAUGCCAAGAUAUACAUUGAUGGUCAGAACUGUCGGAAACCAGUCAUCAGCAUUGAUGAAAGGAGAGAGCUACUCCCAAAGAAACUUGAGGGGACGAUUCGAGAAACCGCCGCAUAGCCUGACUUUACACUUUCUACUCUUUUUUUUACGUAUGUACAAAAUGUAUAAAACACAUGGAGAAAAAGAGUUUUCUAUUUCCUAUCAGGUUCUGCUAACUCAAUUAGGGUUGCUUCUAUGUUUGACAUCAGCGUUACCUCUCCAUGUCUGUGCUAUAAACUUUGGACUCCAUACUUGUCCUUUCCAUUUUUUUUUUUCUGUUGGUAUUCAUUUGCUGUUUGUUGUUUGUUUUUUUUAUUCAGGAUAUACAUACAUAAACUGCACUAUAUAUAAAGCUGCUGAUUUGCAAAUUGCUGAUCCAUAACAAGAAAAUCACAGUAGCAAAAGAGAUUUUUCCUUCUCAAACUAUGUAUUUUGCUUUAUAGUGUUGGCUCAGCAACUAUGUGGCACAAACCUUUUGUGUUGUUUUUCCCCAAUCAUGCCAUUUAUUUUGUAUUAGCCCAUCACAUUUUUCUUAUUUCCUUUCAAUAUUCAACUCAUUUACACUUUAAUGAUGCUUAAAAUUCAUCUCUUGUUCUAGAUGAAGUGUUUUUCUUUUUUUUCCCUUUAUGCAUUUUUGUCUCUACAGAGGGCUACUGAUAUACACUGCAUUUAGACCUAAUUCAUCUAUUCUUGUCCUCAGUUGUAUAAGUGUGCUUAUAAUAACAAACUGCCCAGUCAUAUUCAUCACUUUUCAUUUAGGUGUUUUGCUUUCUGUCAAUGAAAAUAAUGCUGCAAAUAUGAAAUACAGUCUGUUCAUCCAGCUCAACCACAUGACAUGUUGGAGGAACCCAAUAUUUAGUGGACAGUUUGCAAGAAUACAUCCUUACCAGUCUUUGACAGUGGUCUUUUCACAAGGUACUUUCAGCCCAGUGGUAACAAACUGCAGUCCAUCUCGUGAACCUUAUAAUCUAUCAAAAGUUGUAUCUGGUAUUUGAAGGACACUUGCAGUAAUUCAUCUUGUUUGAAGUCUUGCUAAACAAGAAGCAAACUAAAACUCACUCUAAACUAGUGCUCAGCAUCAGUGAAAGUAGAAGUAGGUUACUGAUGGCUGGAAUUUGUCAGACGGGAUGUAAUAAGGGGUUUAAUCUGACUUUACUGGCUUGUGGAGAGUUUAGAGAGUUAUGAAUGAAAUCCUUUUGUCUGUUACUUUAAGAGAGGGACGUUAAUAAGAUACAGUACAAAAGAUUUUAUAAUUUUGUAUUUGAUUUAUAUGUUGUUCGGCUGCUCGUAUUUUGGACAAAAUGUAUUAAAUGUAAGUACUUUUUAUAUAAAAAAUGAAUCAAUAUAAAAU